AUGUUUGAGGCACGUUUAUUACAAAGUGCGAUUCUGAAGAAGGUAUUGGAUGCAGUAAAGGAUCUCUUGACCGAGGCAACGUUCGAAUGUUCCGACUCGGGGAUUCAGGUCCAGGCGAUGGACAACGCGCACGUUUCGUUAGUUUCCUUAAAUCUCAGGAGCGAUGGUUUUGACAAAUACCGUUGCGAUCGGAAUCUCUCGAUGGGUAUGAGUAUCAGUUGCAUGUCAAAGAUUCUGCGAUGUGCUGGUGCCGAAGACACGGUGACCCUUAGAGCCUGGGAUAACCCAGAAUCUGUUAUUUUUAUAUUUGAAUCGCCAAAUAAAGAUAAGCUCGCAGAAUAUGAAAUGAAGUUGAUUAAUAUGGACCAGGAGCAUCUUGGCAUUCCUGAAACUUCGUACUCAUGUGUGGUCAAAAUGCCAUCUGGGGAGUUUACACGUAUAUGUAGAGAUCUGAGUCAGUUUGGAGAAUCCAUAACUUUUGCUUGUACAAAGGAAGGUAUAAAAUUCAGUGCUUCUGGUGAUUAUGGCUCAGCUAAUAUCAAAUUAGCGCAGACUGCGGACGCAGAUAACGAAGAGGAAGCAGUAAUAAUUAACAUGCAAGAACCAGUAAAAUUAACAUUUGCUUGUCGUUAUUUGAAUUGUUUCGUGAAAGCUGGUCCUCUAUGUAAUCAAGUUCAAUUAUCUAUGUCUGAUGAUGUUCCUCUUGUAUGUGAAUAUAAGAUCGGCGAUAUCGGACACAUCAGGUAUUAUCUGGCACCCAAGAUCGAUGACGAGGAAGAAAAUUAAAAUAGCGUCAG